AAUUCCACAGUGUUGUCCACGGGCACCUACUGGGAUCAAUACCAGCAGAUAUCCCACUACAACCCUGAACUCAAUGUGGCUGAAGCACUCUGGGCUGCUUGGUAUGCCUGGAUGCAAAAUGAUGUCCUGGCAACUGGUAUCCUGUCAUUCGUGAUGCACGAAAUCAUCUACUUUGGUCGCUCGCUCCCUUGGAUCUUCAUUGACAGCCUGGGUCUUCUCAAGAAAUACAAGAUGCAGAACACUAAAACCCCUUCCUUGAAAGAGCAGUGGGAUUGCGCCAAGUGGGUUCUCCUCAGUCACUUCACUGUUGAACUACCCCAGAUUUGGCUCUUCCACCCGACAGCUCAAUACUUCGGCCUGCAGACCACCGUUCCCUUCCCCCCGCUUUUGACCAUGGCAUACCAGAUUGCAAUCUUCUUCAUCAUGGAGGAUGCUUGGCACUACUGGACUCACCGCGCUAUGCAUUGGGGCCCUCUCUACCGAUCAAUUCACAAGAUCCACCACCAGUACGCCGCUCCCUUUGGCUUGGCGGCAGAAUACGCAUCUCCCAUUGAAGUUAUGGUCCUCGGCCUGGGUACUGUUGGCAGCCCCAUUCUAUGGGCUGCCUGGACUGGUGAACUCCACAUCUUCACCAUGUAUGUCUGGAUUACUUUGCGUUUGUUCCAGGCUGUGGAUGCCCACAGUGGCUAUGAAUUCCCCUGGAGUCUUCACCACUUCCUUCCCUUCUGGGCUGGUGCUGAACACCAUGAUGUUCACCAUGAGAACUUCAUUGGUAACUACGCCAGUAGCUUCCGUUGGUGGGACUUCUGCCUUGACACUGAGUCUGCCCCCGGUUCCUACCAACAGCAGCAAGCAAAGGAGGCCUUGCGUAAGGCUCAGUAA